UUAAAAAUAUUUGAAAUUUUUGUAAAAAUGGCUAAUUCCAAUAAUUACGAUAUAUUCAAAGAAAUAGAAGACAUAAUUGAUGCUCAAAAACGGCUUGGUCAAUAUAAUGUGUACCAUACUAACAAAACGCCGACUUCUAAAUGUGUAUUCUCAAAUAAUUCGAGUGAUAGACCUCAGACAGUAAAGUUUAACGAAGUAUCUUUUAUGCUGAGCGACCAAGAGUCCUUACCAGGAUCAAGUGAAAUUAAAUACACAGAUUCAGAAAUUACUAUAGUUAAAGUUAAAUGUAACAGCGAUGUUUUUAAGAAAACGUUAAGCACAUGGGACAUGAAUGACAUUGCCAUUCCAGGAGAUGGCUCGCAUUUAGGAGAAAGCCCUUCCUUAGUAAAUUUAGCAACUCUAGUUACGCAAAAUGUUCAAUGCGAAGGUGACGAUGAAUACUUGGUCCCUAUUUCAUCCUGGGAUCCUGUAACAAAGGAGGAUGAUUUACCCUUCGGGUUAAAAUGUUGUUCCGAUAGUAAGCUGUAUGAAUGUAACAUAUUAAAGAACACUGCUACCGAUCCAAAUCUCUAUACUAAAUUUAUAAGUUCUGAUAGUAGUUCUCAAACCGAUAUCAAAAUUGAAGAUUUGUUAAAUAAAUAUCGUGUCUCCAGUUGGGCGGGAAAAAGUUCAAAAAUUGUGCGGAAACACUGUCAAAAUUUAAAAGAUGCGGAAUCUGACAGACGCCAGAACCAAAACAAAAAUAAAAAUGAAUAAAGGUUAGAAAAUGCUGAAAAUAGGCCCCGCAUCAAAUAUUUAUGUAAAAAACGAACUUAAAAUGUCACUAAAUUUAGAAAUACAUCAAUAGUUUUAGUAAGAAUUUAGAAGUUCACUUGUAAAUAUGUCUGGGGAUGCCGAGGACGCAAUAGAAACUUUUCUGUUAGUGGUACCAUCAUUUUUCUAUGUCGUAUUAGCAACUACACUUCCAGCAUUCCUACCAUACUCAAGUAAACAGCUGAACUUUACAGUUGAAUUUAUAAUUAUUGUCAUUCCGAUCAUAUUGAAUGUAACAGUAUUCGCCAAUAUAUCAGGAAACAUUUUGUUUAUUAUAUCCUUGAUAUUAUUCACGUUUGUAGCUUUAAUGUUGGUUAACACUUUAUAUAAACCAACUAGUAAAGAAACUAAAAUAACAAAACCGCUGUUAAACAGAGAAAAUUUUGUUACUAAUGUUCGAUCAACCAUUAAUCUUAUAUCAGUGGUAGCUAUAUUAGCUGUGGACUUUAAUAUAUUUCCUUCCCGAUUUUCAAAAACUCCAAGAACAGGUUUCAGUCUUAUGGAUUUAGGUGUAGGCUUGUAUGUUUUUGCUAACGGAAUCGUUGCACCCGAGGCAAGGGGUAAAAAAGAUCCAAUAACGAACUCAAUUAAGAGCUCUAUCGCUCUUAUAAUUAUCGGCAUACUGAGACUUGUUUCAACAAAAGCUACACAUUAUCAUGUAUCGGAAAUGGAAUAUGGCAUCCACUGGAAUUUUUUUAUUACAUUAGCUGUAACUAAAAUACUGUCUUCAUGUAUUCUGAAUAUUUUCGAUGUGAAUUAUAUUUAUAUUAAUGCAAUAUUGUUAACAGUAGCUCAUGAAACUCUGUUACAAAUGUUUUUAAAAAGCUGGAUAUUUUCAACUGACAAAAGAACAAAUUUAAUAUCAGCUAACAAAGAAGGAAUUGUAUCCAGCGUAGGCUAUGUGAGUUUGUACUUAUUCUCUCUCUAUUUUAGUUACAGUUUAAACAAAAUGAAAACACAGCAUAAUAAGAAUAAACUGUUUUUCAUUUGGAUCAUAAAUUCUCUUUUAAUAACUUGCUUCUGUACAUAUAAAUUUGAGGUAUCUAGGAGAUUAGCAAACUGUGGCUAUAUUGCAUGGAUAUUAUUUAUUGCUAUUUCUAUGACAUGGUUAUUUUAUCUCUGGGAUAGUUUAAAGAAAAAUAGUUUUGUAAAUUUCAACUUAAAUUGCUGUCCUUUUAUAUUAGAAGCUAUAAAUUCUAACGGUUUAAUAUUUUUCCUUGUUGCAAAUGUACUAACUGGAUUAGUUAAUCUAACAAUUACAACAAAUUUAGUUAGUAGUAUGAAUUCUUUAAUAAUUUUAAUUGUAUAUAUGCUGAUUAAUUGUGGUUUAGCUUCUGUAUUGUAUAGCUCUAAAAUUAAAUUGAAAUUAUUAUAAAAUAAAGAAAUUAUUUUUAUUAAUCAA